AUGGCGAAAACACCUUUUUCAGUCGUCAAUAUUGAUCUCUGUCUCGCUUGCAGCGGGAGCCCCUUAUCUGGUUCGCGACGACCCGGAGCGUCUUUGAAUGUACAUGAGAAAACUGAAGCAAAUUCCGACUUGCCAUCCAAAUUAUCGCCCGAUUCAGGAGAGGAUGAAGUAUUCCGAACUUCAUGUUGCGCACGUCCUAUAUGCGCCGCAUGUCUGCGUGCGAAUUCGCGUUUGGCAAGAUACGUACCUUGUCUGGCAUGUCUAGGCGGUGUAAAGGUAGUUGCGGGUCCAUCCAAUCUCGUUACAAGACAGAGCUAUCAAGGACACGUGAAUACUGGGGUGGGGGGUAACUUGCCAGGCAAGCACAUGGACCUGGAUGUAAACUUGAAUGGCGCGCUGAGGGAUGGAGACGUCUUUGUUGUUGGUGACGGAGAUGAUGAAGUCGGAGAUGAGAGUGAACCGCAUGACCAAGAUCAAAUAGAUUCUCCACCCGCAUAUGGAGAAAUUGCUUCCUGGGCCAGAGACGCAAGUCCUAAACUAUCAUCUUCUACACCUCCUUUCCCUCAGUCGCUAUCCGAAGAUGCAAUGCGGAUCCGGGGACAGGAACGAAUAGAUUUCGAUCCUGAAAUAAUACGGCAGAUACAGAAAGAUCCCACUUCAACAUCAGCGUCUGGAAAAGCGGACCCCCACUAUAUUCGGAAAGAUGAUACGUUACGUGGGCUUGCACUGCGGUACAAAGUCGACGGCCGGGUGUUGUGCAAAUUGAAUAAUCUUCCACCAAGUACACUCAGCACAACACCACAUCUCUUGCACACGCGCACCGUCCUCGUUUUACCACCUUCUGCCAAACCAGUUUUGUCCAUUGUGGAGAAUGGGUUAAAGCUUAGUAUCGAUAAGGAGCGAGAACACGAGAUCGAGCUCGAGAAGACAGCGAAGCGCCUUCAGCUGAUUACGAAAGAAGAAGAUUGGAGGAUUGCAAGAGCAUAUUCCGUACUUGCUGAAUCUUCGUCGAGUUCUUCCGCGAGGUUUCAAAAGGACCUACGGUCUGUUUUGAAAGAGACCGAGAAACAGCCCGAAGAUGAUACAGAGAACGAAAAGAAACAUAUGUAUAGGAAUGGCGAAAAGGUUCACUCCACGACAGGCACAACGACCAGUACUCUACAAGAACGAGCGUUAGACGCAUACCUAGAAGAUGAUGCGUGGGAGACACGAGAGCGUGUUGCAGGCCGGCGGCCCCCGUCAGAAAUGGCACAUAUGGUCGGGAAAGGAGUCUUAGGACGAUUAUCGGGGCAAGGAGUUGGGCGCAAUAAGAGACUUUUUGGAGCCUGA